AUGUCUACCGACGACCUAUCCCCUCCCGGGAGCGGCUCGUAUACGUCGGGAACGAUGCACGUCGGCGAUGGCACAUGGGACUCACAGAGGAAUGUGUUUCUGUUGCCGAAUUUACAAGGCUACAAUCUUGCGACGACACAAUACAAUGGAAUGGGAAAUCGAUUCAGAGGCCUCUCGGGCUACCGCUCAAUGAUCAUGGGCCACGGUAUUCUGGCGGGAAUCACGUUCCUCUUGAUUGUCCCAGCAGCCAUUUUGUUGGCCCGCUUCUACCACAGAAAUCCUCGAAUGGCCCUGCGCUAUCACAUCUGGUUACAGAUCUUGACUGUACUAUUAUCAACGGCGUUAUUUGUCCUGGGCUUCCAAGCCGUCGGGUCUGAACGGUCCUUGUCGAAUCCCCACCACGGUAUCGGCGUCGCACUUUACACUCUUAUUUUGACGCAGGCAUUUGCUGGUUGCGUGAUUCACAGGAGAGAGAAAGGCAAAGAGCGAUUCAAGGUUCCUCUCAAGCUUAUGCUCCAUCAGUGGAUGGGGAGAGCCAUUGCCAUGCUAGGCAUCGUACAGGUAGCGCUCGGUUUGACGCUAUAUGGAUCUUCGAAGAUCCUUUUUAUUCUCUAUGCGGUCUGGUGUUUUGGACUACUCCUUGUCUACUUCAUCCUCAGUUACAAGAACCAGCCUGAGAUGGCCUUUGAUGAUAGGGGGACGUAUAUCACCGAACGUACCGAGAGCUCGCGAGGCCACAGGGGCCACGGCCUGGGCAAAUUAGCAGCAGCAGGGGCAGCAGGUGCUGGACUCGCUGCCUUGGCGAGAAAACGUUCUCGAAGUCGUAGUGGCAGCCGCAGUCACGGCGGCAGGCAUGGGGUUGUGAGAUCCCGUCAUAGUUCUCGCCUUUCGGACUCCUACGCGGCAGACGAGAAGUACACCGAGGAUGGUCGCCAGCGCGGAACAUGGAAGGAUCGUCUCUUCGGAGCGGCCGCAGUAGGGGGUGGCAUCUUCGCUUUGCGGUCCCUCUUCAAUCGCAACAAGAAGCAUGCCACGACAGAGUCCGGCAGCGAAGUGAGCUAUUCCCGACCCAUAGGCCCAUCGGAAGUCACACAGACGGAUCUCAGCAGGCUUGAGGAAGGAAGGGCCCCUACAUCUCCUGGCAACGAUAGGUGGCGCCGAGUGGAGGAGAGAGAGGCAGCGCAAGCGUCUGCCAUGACGGGGAGUCCACUGCGGCACGGACAUCGGCCUAGACGAAGCGGCGAGUCUAUUGCUUCAUUCGACAGCAGAACAAGCUUUGACGAUGACCAUGGAAGGCCGACGGAAGAAUCCCACACGCUUCGAAACGGUAUCGCUGCUCUUGGUUUAGCCGGGUAUCUGAAGUAUCAGUGGAACAAGAGAAGGAAUAGGAAGGAGGACGCUCAUGUCGAAGCCAUGAGAAGGCAAGAUAUCGAGGAGGAACGCGCGGCUCGUGCGAACAGUCAACGGAGGAGGUAUACUGGAGAUGGAAUAGGUCCACCGCGGAGGAACCGCCCUCCAUCCACCAUCAUAUCGGAGACCGACGUCACGGGUACGACACCAGCCAUGUCGAGACCGCCUAUCCCCCCACCUCCGAGUAAUAUCCCGCCGCCGCCAAAGCAUAGUGCAGCUGCGGUUGCGACCUCAGGUCCAUCCAAUGCGGCUCCGUCGGGUGGAGUCCUGAGCGAGUCGGGCUCGGAAACGUACACGUCGCCAGGAGGAGGCCAUCAUCGUAGGCAUCACCUGGCAGCACCUGGUGCGGGCGGCCCAGGGCGAGACAGCAGCCGGCAUAGCGGAGAGGGCAGUGUUGCUUCUCCGCCCGUGUCUGUCAAGGUCAAGAUGCACAACGAUGGUCGGCAUAUCACCUUGCGCAGACUGAACGAGGAAGAGGCGGCGGCGGAGCGCGAGGCGAGGAGGGAGCGGCAACGGAGGAAUCGAAACGGGAGUGUGAGUUCGCUGAGCAACGUUGACAAUGACCGUUGGCGCCGAACAGAGGCAUUGGAGGCACAGCAAGCGGUCGAGAUGCAACAGUCGCAAGCACCAGCACCACCUCGGGCGCCUGCAACAGCACCGGUUCCAAUGCCGGAGCCUGUUAUACCUGGCCCACCACCAGGACCUCCACCGGUACCCGCUCAGCCGACGCCGCUACCUCCGCCUCCUCCGAUUCCAGCGGGGGGAGGAAGUAUAUUGAGCAGUCCUCCUGGGACGCAGAUUUAUGGCACUGAGACGGACGUGAGCAACUACGAUUCGAAUCGAAGGCGACGCAGAGCGGAGAGGGCGCAGGCGAAACAGGCGCGGCAGAGCGGCAGUCGGGUAGAGUUCUCAUGA